AAUUGUAGGCUGCACGUUCGGUUUCAUAAAAAAGUCCGAGUUAUUGAUGACCUUUAAGAGUUCUUAGACAGCAAAGUUUUAGAACAUAAAAUAUCUUUGUUUAGUUUCUUUAGUCUAUGGCUGAAGGUGAUUCUUGCUGGGUGGCUGUUUUGGUUGGGGGAGUUGUUGGUUUUAUUCUAGUUGUUGUGUUGAACCAUUUCUGGCCUUUGCUCUUCAAGGGUAAGGGUGGGACUGUCCCCAAGGGGAGUUUUGGAUGGCCUUUACUUGGGGAAACAUUUAGCUUCUUAAAGCCUCACUCUUCCAAUUCUGUGGGGGCGUUUCUUCAUGAUCAUUGUUCUAGGUAUGGGAAGGUGUUCAAAUCCCAUUUGUUCUUCUCCCCCACUGUGGUAUCAUGUGACCCAGAGCUAAACUAUUUCAUACUUCAAACUGAAGGCAAGCUGUUCGAGUGUAGUUAUCCAAAGCCUAUCCAUGGCAUCUUGGGCAAGGUUUCAAUGCUUGUGGCAGUGGGAGACACUCACAAGAGGCUCAGAAAUGCAGCACUCUCACUGGUCACCAUUACCAAAUCAAAACCUGAGUUUCUCCAUGACAUUGAAAACAUAGCCAUUCAAAUUCUGGACUCAUGGAAAAAUAAACCAAAAGUCAUCUUCUGUGAAGAGGCUAGAAAGUUCACAUUCAAUGUAAUAGUAAAGCAAGUGUUAGGGUUGACACCACAAGAGCCAGAGACUUCAGAAAUUCUAGAAGAUUUUCUCACUUUUAUGAGAGGCCUCAUCUCUCUCCCUCUCUAUAUUCCUGGAACCCCAUAUGCAAGAGCUGUUCAGGCUAGAAGCAGAAUAUCUUCUACUGUCAAAGCUAUUGUAGAGAAAAGAAGAGCAAGAAGAAGAAAUAAUAAUGAUGAUGAUGAUGAUAAUAAUAAUUCUAAAAAAAACAGUGAUUUCCUAGAAAUCCUUCUAUCUGUUGAUACCUUAUCUGAAGAUGAAAAAGUGAGCUUUGUUUUGGAUUCUUUAUUGGGUGGCUACGAAACUACUUCCCUUUUGAUGUGUAUGGUGGUUCAUUUCUUAAGCCACUCCCCAGCUGCAUUGCAACAGUUAAAGCAAGAACAUCUUAAAAUAAGGAGCAUGAAGCAGAAACAUGAUCAUUUGGACUGGGAGGAUUAUAAGAAAAUGGAAUUCACUCAAUAUGUCAUCAAUGAAGCUCUCAGAUAUGGCAACGUUGUCAAAUUCGUUCACCGAAAGGCUCUUAAAGAUGUCAAAUAUAAAGGUUACCUAAUUCCAUCAGGAUGGAAGGUCCUACCUGUUUUCACUGCAGUUCAUUUAGACCCAUCUCUCCAUGCAAAUGCUCCCCAGUUCCAUCCAUGGCGGUGGGAGAGCCAGGAUCCCACAUGCAAAAAAUUUACACCCUUUGGAGGUGGGUCAAGAUGCUGUCCUGGAUCUGACCUAGCCAAGGUUGAGGUUGCUUUCUUCCUCCACCACCUUGUUCAAAACUUCAGGUGGAAAACAGAAGGUGAGGAUCAACCUAUAGCAUACCCCUAUGUCGAAUUUCAAAGAGGAUUGGUUUUGAAUGUGGAUCCAUGUUCGGAAACUACUAUGUAGGGUCGAGAAUGAAGGCUGAGAAUCAUAUUGUUUAUGUUUUAUUUUAUUUAGCUACUGUUAUUUUUAUGGGCGAAAGGUCUCCUUUGAAUGCCUGGUAAAUUUUAUAUAAAGUUGUAACUUUUGUUUAUGUAUAUGUAGUGCUUUCAUCUCUUUAUCAACUUUUUUCAUAUACAUAAAUAGUAAUCAAAUUAUCUUAAA